CACACGCUCUUUUCCAAAACCCUAACGAAUCCCGCACCCUCUCUAUUAAACACACACACACACACUCUCUCUCUCUCCACUGCGUAAUCCCCAACAAUGGCGGCGCCGAUGAUGAGCGAGAGGAAGAAACGGACGCGGGAGCCUCCGUAGCGGCCGAUGAUGAUCUCCGAUCUGGGGUUUGGUCGGCGAUGAGGACGAUGGUGGCUUGGAUCAGUGUCUCAAAGAGAGAUUUGGGGGAAUUGAGGUAAGUUUGGAGCGAAAGAAGGAGAAUAUAUAGAGAGGAUUAGUGGAGAUGAGUAGAGGGGGAGAGGAGAGAGGAGAAAGGGAAAAGAGGGGAAGAAGAUGAGAAACUGGGAAUGAUUAAUCAAAUUCGUGCUGAACAAUGGUUAAGCACAACAACAACAUGCCGAACGGGCACUUUAGGAAGCAUUGGCAGAAUUGGAUCAACUAGCAAGAGCGCAAAGCAAGACAAUGGAUUGAAAGGAAAAGCUGUCUUUGACAGCAGCGGCCAGACAACCGUAGGGAUGGAUCCACAGGCGGCAGGGAUCCUGAAGAAGCUUGCCCCAACAAUCAGCAAUGCAGUAGACCACCGCCGAAAGAACCACUCUCUCGAGGGCCUCCAGGCUAAUGUUCAGAUGCUGAAGAUGUACAAAACCAAGCUUGUCAUCUUCCCAAGGCUGUUGUUUUUGCUCCCCAGGAACUGGCCGCAGCCACGCAGGUGCAAGGCCGGUAUAUGCCGAUUUUGCGCGAGAAGCCGUCGGCCGAGGUCGUGAAGGUCCGACGAGUUGAAAUCUUUCAAGACCUACGCCAAGCUUCACGUCGAGAAGAUGAACCAGCGCCAGGCCCAGCUGAAGAAGGCUGCGGAGGCUGAGAAAGUUGAUAAGAAUUAUAACUUCGGAUCCUCGCAAAUCGCCACAAAACUAGUCUUG